AUUUAGGUCAGGAGGUACCGGGAUCCAUCGCCGAGUAUUCGCUUUUUAAAUUCGUAAAGGAGCACCACUUGUACCUAUACCGGUAAUGAAGAGAUGAUGACUGUAGGCCAGUAACUGAAUGUUAGCCCAGACAACGUGAGCCGGACUUGGUAAGCUGGUACUAUGGGCAGUGCCUCCUCCAAGUUCAAAAAGUACCUCCACAAUGGCGAUGAGUUUGCUGCUAUGCAGGUUUUUCAAAGUUCUCCUGAGCUCAGAAAAAACUUAGAUCCAAAUUUGAGCUACGGAGAGAGUCACAAUCACAACACUGCGCUGCAUUACGCAGCCAAGCACGGCAUGAAGCAUUUGCUCAGAACUUUUUUGAAUGACCUGGGAGGCAAUCCGAACAAGAAGAACGGAAGUAAUGAGACGGUGCUGCACGCCGCGUGCACCCUUGGUGUGCACAAGACGUUCUCGGCACAAGAGAGGCGUGCAGCCUGUGUAACUCUACUAUUGCAGUGGCGUGGUGCUGAACUAAACUCGGGAGACGAGAGAGAGAAGGUGGAUUUGACUGCUCAAGAUAAUAAUGGCAACACUGCUCUUCACCACGCGGCGGUGGCUGGCCUGCAGCGUUGUGUAGAACUGUUGUUGGCUCACGGUGCUCCGUUGUUUGCCGAAAACAAUGACAAGUUGACUCCUUGCGACCUUGCGAUGAGAGAAGACCAUCACAACAUCGCAAGGCUUCUUGAAUCCAGGAUGGUCUUUGCGGACAGCAACGACACCAUCAACGAGGCACAACUCUACGGACCUGGGGAGGAAGUUUACAGCGGACUAAGGACGCAGGACCUACAAGAGGCCAAGGAUCAGCUGUUGGUAGAGACUUCAGACAUGCUCAACAUUCCCCUCUUCACUGCUGAAGCUCUACUCAGGGACAAUGAAUGGUCGCGAGAGUCACUGUUGGAAAAGUGGAUGAAGGACCCAGUGCAAUGUUGCCAACUCGCCGGAGUACAGCCACCAACGUCGGCUUGGCAACAGUGCGGAGGUGAAAACACACGAGUGCCACUCACGGAGAUGCAACAAGACUCUGUAGAAGAUAAAAACAAAAGUGAUCAACCAGAGGAUAUUUUCUGUGAUAUAUGCCUGAUGGCGGUGUCUGCAUGGGAUGUCCCCGCCGCGCUGUCGUGCCUCCACCGGUUUUGCUCCGCCUGCUGGGAGCGUUACCUCACAGUUCGUAUCCAGGAAGGCGAUGCUCACCACAUCCUUUGUCCUGCGACCAUGUGCCACAUACUGGUUCCACCGGAACUCAUAGAGAAACUGGUCAGUCCGGAGGUGGCUCGACGAUACCUGCAGUUUGACAUCAAGGCCUUUGUAGAGACCAACCGCAGUAUCAAGUGGUGUCCGAUGGCUGGCUGUGGCCGAGCGGUUCGACUACCUGAGAUAGAGCAGAUGAGGAACCAACCUCAAGUUAACACUUCACAUGCGGUCGACUGCGGCAAUGGACACUUCUUCUGCUGGGAGUGUCUGGGAGAAGCGCAUGCACCAAGUGGCUGUCAACAGUGGCGCCAAUGGCAGAGCAAGAUCACACAAGUCAAGCCCGAGCAGUUGCAGACGACAUGUACAGAGACUGAGGACGCUGCCAACUGUCUCUGGCUCGUCACCAACUGCAAACCUUGCCCCAACUGCAAGAGUCCCAUACAGAAGAACGAGGGCUGCAACCACAUGAAAUGCUCUAAGUGCAAGUUUGACUUCUGCUGGGUUUGUCUGGAGAGUUGGAAGAGACACAGUUCAGCAACCGGUGGAUACUUUAGAUGCAACCGAUUUGAAGCGGUUCACAAGGCAGAUGAAAAACAAGGAAUUCUUAUUAGUGAGGCCUUAUUAAGAAAUCAACAGACAACACAAUUAAAUAGGUUCCUUCAUUAUUAUACCAGAUUUAGAAAUCAUGAAAAUAGUAGAAAACUUGAGGAGGGUCUACUAACAGGAGUGAGGAAGAAAAUGGAGAAUUUAGCAUCGUCUUUGAAAAAAGGAGAAGUGCCUGCUGAGGUGAAAUUUGUAGAGGAGGGAGUGAGAGAGUUGCUCAAAGCUCGCAGAAUUUUAUGCGGCUCUUAUGUCUACGGAUAUUAUCUGGAAGACAACGGUUAUAGCAGAACUAUUUUCGAAUUUAUGCAGAAUGAGUUAGAAGAGGUUACCGAGCGGCUGAGUGAGAUGGUAGCAAGACCUUAUCUUCGCACUCCACGCUCGGUAAUCGUGCAGACAACAGCUCUUGCACGCAGGAAGAGACAUGAGUUUGCACGAGCUGUGUCUAAAGGCCUUGUACCUCCUGAAACACCUCCUACGCUGCGCAAACUACGCAGGCGAAACUAUCGGGUUGUUGCCAUAGACACUAACAAUGAUGCGGAGCAAGUACAGGCCAUCGCUGAGUCCCUGAAGGACCUGGACUCCAACAAUCCGUGGGUGAAAGAUGCUAGAGGUCGCCACAACAACCUCAGCGCCAUCUACGAUUGGCCAGACUUUGACUCUGAUGAUGAGGAGAUGAACCAUGCUCUGGCUGUGAGUCUGCUGGGUCAGUGUGUGCGUCUAGAUUGUACCAAACCAAGAGUGCGGAACCCUAGGACAUGUGUACUGCAUAACUACUGCAGUCUACACUGCAGCCAGAUAGACAAACUGGGCCUUCACCCUGACUCUUACCAAGUAAACGUGACAGCAGACUAUAACAUGGACUUGGUCAUAGCUCUGGAGAUGUCUCGAUUACAAAUGAUCGAAGAUGAAAUGAAGCAAAGGCAACAGAAUCAAGAGCAUAAGGAAACUGAAACUUCCCCACCAGGACCGAGUACUGAGAGUACAGAGGGAAGUAGAGGAGGAGGAGAUGAGCAAUUGAACCUUGCUAUUCAGCUAUCACUACAACAAGGUAGCGAACAAUCAUCGGUGGAAUACCAGAAGACCAAUGCUGACCUCACUGUGGACUACUUCCUUAAAAGUCUGGCUGGGCGGGAUAUUGAUGUACAAAACCUGGACGAGACUGAAGGAUGUGAAGUGAUAUCACCACCUCAAGAUACUAUCUGGGCUUCAAAAACAUCGGAUAAGGAAAUACUCUCUGGAUGGAAGCCUCCAUACGUGGCAGAAGAUGGACAUUUUGAGAUUGGAGACAUUCAUGAGAAGGGACUGUACAACGACCCUGACGAGUUCAAUAGUGAGAUGGAUGCUCGACUACUCAAGCGCUCGCACUCAACAGGCGACUUGGUGAUGAGACGAGGGCGAUUGUCUACCAGGACUGAGGAACCAAGGUAUCAUCUAGACUCGGACCACUCGAGCCAACAUGAGGAGCGGCCAGAAGAGUUAGCACGUAGGAUUCUAGCGCUGCCAGCGUCGACCUCAGGUAACCGACACUCGCUGCUAGUGCAGACCAGUGGAGGCAGCACCGCCUACUGUCAGAGCUCACUGGAAGACACCUCUGAUUCCUUGAACGCUGACCUGGAGGUGUGCGGCAUCCUAGGGUCGACUGAGGACACCAGUCGCUCCACACUGCCUCGUAACCUUGCCACCAUUGGCAAGAAAUGUGCCUUGGACCUCGGCGACUCCAUGGCCAUUCCCGACCCUCCCUCGGAGGCAUCGGAGCAACUGUGCGACUCUGAGGUGCAGGAAUGUCUAGACAAGCUCGCAGAAGAAUUUCCUACAACUACAUCUCCCCCACCCAUCUUCCAAAAUGUACCUGUUGUAAACAUCAACGGGGAAACAAAAGAUUUGGUCACCAUGAAAAUGAGUGAUGAAAAGAAGGAAGAGAAAACACUACAGCCCAGGAAUAUGAAUCCAACGAUGGAUGUGCAUCGUAAAACACUUCGCUCGGGUGGGAAAACACCUUUGUCCAACCUGAGGAUUAGGAUAUGUAAUAAGUCUCCACCAAAAGAAUGUGAGAAAGAGAAAAGGUCUUUGGAAACGGAUAGUUCCAAUGACUAUGAGUCAGAAACAGGUCUACCCAAGUCACCUACAUUAUUUAUUUCCGGAGUGUCCAUCAGUCGAACCCCAGAACCAAAAUCUCCUGCGUUAGCAGGCCGUCAGUCACGAUCUUCUAGUCUGACUGCAUCCCUUCCCCCUCCACCUCUAUCCCCUCUCAUGCUGUCACCUUUAUCAUCGUCUGUAGCACAUCUUAAGGGUUCUUUAAACUCUUUAAACACUUUGGGGUUUUCAUUUUUAAGAAGAAAAUCUCAAGAGACAACUUCCAAUACAAAAGCUGAAUUCAACUCCAUGGGUGGUUCUCCUCAUAAACAAAAGGAAAAUCCUAAAUCUAAGUCAGCGAGUGAGCCAGAGAGGGAACGGGAAAUGUUUCGGUUUCCCAAGUCUUCGACAGAUGGGGCUCUGAGUUCAGUAUUACACGUACAAGAGAGCAAUUUGAGUUCGGACGACUUUCAUGAGGCUCUUUUCUUGUUAGAGAGAUCGCCUAAGAGCAACCAAGGUUCCAAAAAAAGGAAACGGAGCAAAAAAGAACGCCAGAAGGAUAAGGAGAACGCAUCCUCAGCAAAUAUAGUUGUUCCCGAAGCAAGCUCGGCUCUUUGAGGCUUGAUGACUUUCCUAUCGGACUUUAAACUGUCAAAAUUGUGUUCUAUAUAGGACAUAAGGCUCUCUAACGCACACGCAACACAAUUUACUUUGUGUCAAUGCAACUCCCAAUCUAUGUUUGUUUGGAUGUUCAAUACAGGUUGCAUCAAUUAUUACACAAUUAAAUGUAGGGUCACUGCUUUUAAAUCUGUGCCUAAACACCAUUUUUGUUUCGUGGGACCUGCCAUUUAAUUUCUUAUAGUGUCCUAAAUUUAAAGAGAGCCUCAAGGUGGUUUACUCUUUAAUUCCAUCUCAAGAUUUCAUCUCCAUUCCUAACCUGUAUUGAACCCAUCACGAAUCUCACCUAAUUGUAAAUAUGUGUACUGAUUUAAACUUAUAACAAAUCCUACUCAUUUAAAGUUCAUACUACAAAAGUAAGUGUACUGACCAAAUAUAUCAUUACAAUAACACUUUAAAAUGUCAGUAUUUUUUUGUAAGGAAAUUGUUCAUCAUUACAAGACUGUUGUAAAAUUAACUAAAUUGCUGGCACAAGAUGUCUGGCAGUGAUUGUUACAUCUGCUAGUCGCGCACCGACCACUACGUGUGUCUGCGCACAAUCACAUUCUAGGUUAGUGUGACAACUGCCAACGAUGUGUGUGUGAGUGAGUAAAAGUGUGUGCGUCUGAUAUGUGGACCUUCAGCUAUGUUGGCUGUUUCAUCUUAUAAACGGCCAUAUGUUUAAUUUGUCAGACAAAAACCAAAGGUCGGUUUCUGUAACCUUUAAAAUGUUCUAAUUUGAUAAUUCCAAUCAAUAUUACUAGUCCAAACACUUAUAAAAUAUUUAGUUCGCUGCUGAUCGCUCAUGACAAAUUUUUCCCACAUUAAAUUUCGGACACUGUGUUGAUGCAUUUUUUAAUGACGAGCCAAACAAUUUUUUAAACAGUAAAUAUUAAAAUUCUAGAUAAUUUUCCUGGAUUACCUUUGUAAAGUUUUUUCUUCUUACAUAAUAGAGUUUACAAUAGCCGAAUGCCGACAACAAAUAGCUUAAGGUCCAAUCUUAUAGGCUAUGUCCAUAACCCCAAUGCAAGUGAUGUAAAUAUCGUGCUAAGUCUUUCAUUAGAUAGGUUUUUAUUGAAUCAAUGUUCUGAAAACAUCGUAAAUAGAUUACGCUUAAUUAAUAUGUCUGAGUAAUAAUUCCUAAAGUUAAAAAUAUUUUAAAGUUUUUACCAAUUUACUCUUUAAAUCAACUAAAUGGAUGAAUAAACUGAUUUAAAUUAUCUAAUAGUUAUUUGUAUACCAAAGAUGUAUAAAUAUUUCUACAAUUUCUUAUGAUGGACAUAGCCUAUAUAUUCUUCUUUAGUAUAAAUUGCAUGCAUGUAAAAUGUUAAAAAU